GGAUCGUCCGAUCUGUUAACGUUGCGACGCUGCGAAGCACUUCCUCUGCCCCCCUCCGAAGCCCAAGAAAUAUUAACGUUUCUCCUAGUGCCAACAGGUGUUGCGUGACAGAAUUCGUUUCAGGAAAAUGAAGGUUUGCAGGAGCAACAGCACCGGUGGGACGGUUUUGCUUCUGAUAGCAGCCACGUUGGUACUUUCCGAAUUGUCUUCAGUUAACGCAGCGCCUCACGUCUCCAGGUAUUAUCCUGGAUAUUACUCUUCCCUCGAAGGACAAAAUCCUGAAUAUCUGCUGCAGACUCUCGCCCGACUCAGGCAAGCACUGUAUGCGGAUGAUGAUUUGGAGAACUCAAAACGCGGCUUGGAUUUCGGACUGGGUCGUGGAUUUUCCGGCUCUCAGGCGGCCAAACACCUGAUGGGUCUGGCAGCUGCCAACUUUGCCGGAGGUCCCGGUAGAAGACGACGCAGCAUCGACGAUGAAGCAUAUUAAACCGACGUUUCGAUUCGCACCGGGUCGUCGUCAGAGUAGAUUGAUAUUACUUCCUUAUCUCAUUUUGUGCUGUUAUUACGUAUUAUAUAAAAAGUGAUCUGAUGAUGAUCCGAUUUCCUUGAACCAGUACUAUACUUCUGAGUCCAUGCCUGAGCUUCGUCCUUACGAAACAGCAGAGGUGAUUUUAGCAAUAACGGCUAAAAAUUGUUGUAAGGUCUAAUUUUAUGAAAACUAACCAAACAAUUAUAUGAAAUUUAUUUUGAAACGAAUCGAAUUUGGUUAGUUCUAGUUAUGCGUGUAGCAACUCGUGAGGACCAAGUUCACUAUGCGAAAUUUCCAAUUCCAAGUGUUAUUAGAGUAAUGCUGUUAGACGUAGAAAUUAAAAUGGGCAUAAAGAAAAUAUAUGUCAAACCGCUCCACAAUUAUCGUCCUUAUUUCGACGGUUCACUAAUUAUGUAAGGAAUAAGUGUACAGAAUGGAAAUAAACAUCUAGCUACU